CUCAGAGGGAAGAUCUCAGGGGCAGCAGAGAUCUGGUUCGCUCGGCUGAAAUACCAAACACACAACGGGAUGGAUUUCUGCACAACGUGAAUGCCAGCAAGGAACACCGGUCUCACACAUUAAAAAGAACAUCAGCCAGGAUGUCAGGGAUGGACGUCUCGUUGGUGGACCAUAAUGAGACUGCAAUCUCUCCGAUAGACAAUGGGACCUUUCUACGAUUCUCACCAACCUCUUCUUCCACCUCAGCGGCCGCCUCAUCACCGGGUCGUCAGGGCAACGUUUACGUUUAUGUGUGGCUCUUCCUCGGCCUGCUGGUGUUCCUGCUGACGCUGCUCAUCAUCUCCCUCCACAGGCUGAAGAACAUCAUCUCCUCCUCCUCAUCGGUCCCAGACUGCAGCAGCGAAGGAGGGAGCUCCUUCACCAACAUGGAGAUCUGUAGCAUCUCAUCUCAGAGGUCCACCAUCUCCUCACUGUCUACCUGAGCUUCAUGGGAGGGAGCACGUACAGACACAUGGACAUGUUUGUCCACGAGUAUCCCCCUGUGAACGCAUGCUUAUACGCUAAAAGCAGGAAAGCCUGCACACUCAAAACACAUGGACGACCCAGCACUUCCUCAUUGUGACAUAAAAACACUUGCUUACGCAUGUAUAUAGUAAUCCCAAUAGUCCAGAAAGUCAUGUGUGUUCAUGCAUUUCCAUAAGCACAGGGGAAAUAAAGCUGACAAUGUGAAGAAGAGGUCUUGAGGGAUGAGACUGACUGACCUUGUUUCAAAGACAAAUGCACCUGGGAGACCACUUUCCCUUAGCAAGAAAAGCUUAAUGAGGGAAUACUAUUUUUCCUCUUCAUUUUUCCAAGGUUAAUUUCUUGUAUUUUGCUUGUCAUCUUUACUGUGAAACAGUUAAUAUUGCUUUCAAGUACGUCCAGCAUGUUUCAUAAUAUCCGUAGACUACAUAAAAUAAUUACAGUACUACAAUCAUAUUAAAGACCAUUGCUUUGUUCAGAUAUGCAUGUGUGUGUCUAGUUGACUAUGAGAUACCUUAAAACUGUACAUCAGAAUGCUUCAUGAUUCCCCUGGAGAAUGGACAUUGCACAAGACAUCAGGCUGGAGGUAAAGGUGAGGAAGAAAGUGUGUCUUGCUGACAGGCAGCGGGCCUCUGACUGCAGCUACAGACCGGGUCAAAAAUGACAUAAACGAGAUGAAAUCUGGGUCCUGAAAGACAGCUCUAGCAGCGUGACGGAUUACCCUCUCCUGCCUGUCAGCUCGUAUGGCGUCUGAUUGCAGUCUCCAUAGUGACCGAAGCAUGAGAGCUCUGUGCAGCCUGUCUGACUUCUUUGUUUAAGCUAUGGUAAUGGUUGCUUCUGCUCAAAAUACAUCAUUUGUGUUUUAAUACUGUGAUAUGUUGUUUCUUUGACAAGACAUCCCACAUUCAGAACUUAUUGUUAUAACAUUUAUUACCCCGUGCUUGUGUUGUUUUUGGUAUUUUGGGGCAUAAUUUCAUUCCUGUCAACAUCAUUCAGUAAAGAUAAAAACA